CCCCUGACAAACAGGGAUGAUAUUUUGUCUCCACUUUGGCGCGUGUGUCAACGGAGCCGUGAGUGCCACAAAUCCCAUUCAGAAGAUUCUCGAAUAAAACAAUUGGAGCACAAAAAAUCUCCCUUUUUCUCUGAAUUUAUUUUGGGUUUUUCUCUUCCAUUAGAAAGUGUACUUUUAGGUACAACCCAAAAAGCCAGGUUGGGCGAAUCUUUGGAUUUUGAGGCGUAGGGACGGAUAAGCUUAUGGUGGUGUAACGAAGGCACGACAAAGAGAGAGAUUGGUUUCAGGCGCUUAUUUCCUGAACUGCGUUUCUCUUCGGUAUGGUGGUCAAGCUUUGUUUAAUGGCUUCUCAUGGGUACCCUCCCGGCCUUGUUUUGCACCAUGAACAAAGCAGGAUCCUCAAGGAUUCUCAACAUCUUUUGCCAAGUUCUGGAGCUAAACAUGAGAUAAUAAGAUCAACUUCAGUUACCAUGAGGCAAAAUCAAUAUGAGGAGCCAUUGAAACCUAUGAGUGGGUUGCCUGUCUCUAGUCAGUUUGUUCAGAUUGACUCAACAGUUAAAAAGCCUGUUCUCAUUGACGUGCAAGAGAAUCGCCCAGACUCAGUACUAUUUAGCUUUGGAAUCGCUGAGCAAUGCACAAAACAGGAGAAAAUCUUGAAGUUCCUCAUGUCCGGACCAAGUGAAGUGGAGAGAAGUGAAUUUGAUAUGUCAUUAUUCUCUGAUUUGAUGGGGUUACAAGCGUUGACGACUGAUUUGUCCCAACAGUCAUCUACACUUAUUUACCCGAAUGGCACACCUUUGCAGAAGCCUCUCCUGGACUUUAUGGGAGAUUUGGCCUGUAGUUCAAAAUUUACAGUUCACCAAGAUGGCCGGGUAUCAUUCACAGGUACUGGGAUGGACGUGAAAGAUCUACUUUCAUUUGUUGCAGAGUUUGACAUAUCAAGAAACCCACCGAAUUGGAGAAAGCUCUCUAUGCUGGUCCCACAAUAUAAAUGGCUGGAAAGCAAUGAAGCAGUUGCCAAUGUUCGGGGGUCUUCUUUGAAGCUUCAAGCUACAACUGUUGCCCCUUUGAAGAGUCCUGAGAAAUUAAAGGUCAAGCCAUCACCAAAGAAGAAGAACAAUAGGAAAGUAGGUAGAGAGAGGGAUAUACACAAGAAGAAUUACUUCCAUGCAUGUGAGACCCUUCUAUCAUUAAUGGUUAACAAGAGAUACAAUGGAAAAACGGCCGUCCUUUCUCUAAAGAAAUCUGGCCCAGAGCUUCCUGAGCUCCUGACGCAAUUUUCUGCUGGAAUUGCUGGGACUGGCCUUGCUGUACUUUUCUCUGUCGUCGGCAAAUUAUCUUGUGGGAGGGUACCGUUCUGUUCAUCAAAACUCUUGAGCACAGGAUUUGGGUUCGGACUGGUUUGGCUCUCAUGGUCAGUGAACAAACUAAGAGAUACGAUUGUAUAUAUCAGCAAGAAUGCUGGAAAGUUGGGCGUGAAGGAAGAGCAAAUGAUGAGGAGGGUGGAUAAAUGCAUGAAGGAGAUUUACUUCGGAACUGCAACUUUGAUGGUAGUGGCAAUGCUGAAGUUUGCAUGACCAAUGGUAAAACGUUAAAAAAAAGGGGUGUGAUUAUUAUCAUUGUAAAUGCUAUAGCGAAGGCUGUUUAAGAUCAUACCAGGUUCAAGUUCAUCAGGGUUGCUUGAGAUGAUCACCCCUUAGCUAGUUGUCGAAGUUAAUAUUUCUAAUGGGGUUGUAAUUUUGGCAUUAGGAAGGUAACAUGGCCUGAUACGAGAGCAAAAAUAUUGUACGACUUACCUUACAGUUUUGUAUAUCGAACCAAGGACUUUUUAUCUUUCAAUUAUUGUUUUUUCGAACUA